UGGACGGUCACAUCCUGCAGGGAGCAUACUCCGUGUUUCUCUCGAGGCUCUACAGGUCAUCCAGCUUCAAAGCUUAGGUGAUCUGUCUGGGACCAUGAUACGGUCGGUGAAUCCUGUGGCAGUCCUGAGUGGGCACGUCUGUGUUCUAGAAAACUCAUACUGUGAUCAUGUUGUUGAACAGCUACUGCCAGUCUCUGGCUGGGGCACUUCAUUCAUUGUCCCCCCCAUCUUCUUCCAAACUGAUUCAGACAUUGCAUAUGUCGUUGCCGCCCAAAAUACUCAUGUCGAGUAUCAGCAGGGGACUCGAAAAAGAUCUCUGGACAUGGUGGCUGGGGAAGUCAGGAAGUUUGAUGUCAGAUUCCCUCAGGCACUUUACAUCUCUGCCGAUGCUGGAAUCCAGGUCCUUUUCUUCUUCACCGGCAUCAACAGCAGAAAGAGGGUCUUUGAUCCGUUCCUCAUCAACAUCCCGGCCAUAACAAGCUAUGGCCAAUCUUACCAUGUUGACAGGAUAAGCAACUUUGAGAACAGUGUCGUUCUCAUCGCAAAAAGAUCUGCAACACUCAGCAUGACUAAAGAUAAGCAACCUAUCCAUGGCAUUCAGUGGAGAGCAGUUCCUGGGACGCUCUAUUCAUGGGGCACAUACAACUUGGAAGCAGAAGCCCAGUCGCUGUCCUUAGAGCAUCCUGAAACUCCCUUUGGUGUCUUGGUCUUUGGUGGCAAAGAGUACGAAGGCUACGGUUUCGCUCCCCCACCUCUGUCCUCAUCUGGUCCUGAAUCGACCGCAAUGCCCUGCCCCGAGAACAGCCACUAUGAGAUUUGUGGAAAUGGUUGCCCGGCUACUUGUUCUGACCGGAAGGCUCCCCUCACCUGUGAGGAUACCUGUGCAGACAUCUGCCAGUGCAACGAGGGCUACGUCCGAGAUGGUGAGCAAUGUGUCCCAAUGGACACGUGCAACUGCACCCACAACGGCAUCAGCUACCAUCCAGGGGAGGAGUUCUGGGCGGAUGAGGGCUGUCAUUCUCGCUGCAAGUGUGACCCAAAGCUCGGCAAGGCGGUGUGCCUUAAGUCAUCCUGCAAGGCCGACCAGAAAUGCACCGUGGUCAAUGGAGUCCGGGGCUGUCAUACCUUCAGCCACUUAACUUGCAUUGGAACUGGAGAUCCUCACUACACCUCUUUUGAUGGAAAGAAAUUUGAUUUCAUGGGAACCUGCAUUUAUCAGAUGGCAGGCGUCUGCUCCAAAGACCCUGCCCUCACCCCAUUUUUGGUCACGGUGCAGAAUAACAACCGAGGCAGCAAAGCAGUGUCCUACACCAAAGUGGUGACUCUGGAGGUCUACGACAUGACCAUCAGCCUGAGCCAAGAAUAUCCACGCAAGAUUCAGGUCAACGGAGUCUUUGUGGACCUGCCCUUCUCCUAUGAAGAUAAGCUGAAGGUCUACAUCAGUGGAGUCCAUGGCUUCAUCAAAACAGACUUUGAUCUGAGAGUCAGCUUUGACUGGUACAGCUACGCCAGGGUCAUCAUACCUAACACUUAUGCCAAUGCGAUCUGUGGACUCUGCGGCAAUGCCAAUCAGGAUCCCGGAGACGACUUCGCCAUGAAGGAUGGAACUCAGACAGCUGAUGAAAUCCAAUUUGCAGAUAGCUGGAAAGUGAAGGAUGUCCCCGGGUGCUCAGCGGGAUGUACCAGUAACUGCCAAGUGUGCGGGGAGGAAGAGAAAGAACCUUACAAGAGUAACAAAUACUGCGGGGUCCUCAUUCGAAAAGAUGGACCAUUCAGGCAGUGCCAUGAAGCCAUUGACCCAACAUCCUUCUUUGAUGACUGCAUCUUUGACACCUGCCUGUACAAGGGUCACCAUGACACUCUCUGUAGCGCUAUCAGUGCCUACGCGACAGCUUGCCAAGCUCAGGGCAUCCGGGUUGGGCAAUGGAGAUCGGCUUCCUUCUGCAGCCUUCCCUGUCCACGUAAUUCCCAUUAUGAACUCUGUGGAAACGGCUGCCCUGAAACCUGCAACAGCCUUUUUACUAAAACAACAUGUGAGUCUGGUUGCACCGAAGGAUGCUUUUGUGAUUCUGGAUUUGUCCUCAGUGGGGGUCAGUGUGUCCCUCUUGCAGAGUGUGGCUGUGUGCACCAUGGCAGAUACUACAAGAGAGGAGAAGAAUUCUACCCUGACACUUCUUGCAGCGCGAAAUGUCACUGCACGCACCAUGGGGAGGUUGAGUGUGAAAAGUUCUCCUGCGGAUCACAUGAGGAAUGCAAGGUGGAAAAUGGCAUCCAAGGCUGCCAUCCAGUGGGAUACGGAACAACUAUAGCAUCUGGUGACCCUCAUUACAUUUCCUUUGAUGGACGAAGUUUCAGUUUCCAUGGCUCCUGCACUUACACCUUGGCCAAAGUGUGCAGUGAGGAUCCUCAGCUGGAGCGCUUCUCAGUAUUGGUGGAAAACGAUAAGUCCAAUGGUGGUCCGGCAGUUCUCAUAAGGAGUGUUGUGGUUUCCAUUCAUGGGCACACUGUUGUCCUUGAGAGAGGAAUGAAGUGGAAGGCGAUGGUGGAUGGAGAGCUACACACACUGCCAAUGAACAGGGACGAGGGGAAACUCUGGAUUACCCAGGAGGGGAACAAUAUCAUCAUCCAGUCCUCCUUUGGCUUCACAAUCCUUUACGACACUCUCUCUUAUGUCCGUGUGUCUGUCCCCAGCACCUACCAAGGACACAUGUGUGGUCUGGGUGGCAACUUCAAUGGAGACAAGAGUGAUGAUUUCAUGCUCCCUAAUGGAGAACUUGCUCAAAAUGUGGUUGAGUUUGGGGCCUCUUGGAAGGUCCCCAUAGAUGGUGUCAGCUGCUCUGAUGACUGUGGGGAGAAAUGCCCUACCUGUGAUGCUGUCAAGACAGCACCGUACAAGUCCCAACGCUCCUGUGGCCUCAUUCUGUCUACGACGGGCCCAUUCAGAGACUGCCAUCGAUUGGAGAGCCCCACUCACUACUUUGAGCACUGCCUGUAUGACCUGUGUGCUGCUGAUGGGGCUCGAGAAUCCCUCUGUCGGAGCGUCCAGGCCUAUGCCACUGCGUGCCAGGCAGCUGGUGCAGAAGUUGGAUCCUGGAGAACAGAUGCCUUCUGUUCCCUUACCUGUCCAGCCAACAGCCACUAUGAGACAUGCACCACAACUUGUGAUUCCACCUGUGCCAGCUUGUCCACUGCAGCCCAGUGCACAGGGAAGUGUUUUGAAGGCUGCCAGUGCAAUGACGGCUAUGCAUUUGAUGGGGACACAUGUGUGCCUUUGAAUAGAUGUGGCUGUGUGCACAAUGGGUUCUACUUCAAGGCAGGAGAGAGCCUCUUCUCAAGAAACUGCACUGAGAAAUGUACCUGCACCGCUUCCAGCCUUUUCACCUGUGAGGAAACCAUGUGCCCGGCCGAGCAGUCCUGUGCACUUAAGGACGGCGUGCGGGGCUGUGUGACACAGGAAGGCCAGUGCAAGCUCACCCCGGGAGCACAUCUCACCUCUUUUGACGGUGCCUCCGCACAGUACAGCUGUGGUGGCGUCUAUGAUGUGGUCUCUGUUUGUGAUGAAGGCGCCCUCUCCUGGUUCAGGGUGUCAGUGCGCAUUGAAGAGAAUGCGGAGGAGGAAAGUUUAAUCUCUGGGAAGGCUGUCUACGUCCACUUCCAAGAGGCAACUGUCAUCGUGAAAAAGAAUGGAAGGACAUGGGUAAGAGGUCUUUAA